AUGUCGAGUUCACUAUCAUCUUCUUCUUCCGAAACAGUCACAGACUGGUGGUUCGAUCCUGAAGAGAGCAAACGCGACGAGGACUAUCCCAAGUACUUUGAGGAGGACGAGGUCAUUGUAGGUUUUAAACAACGCGAAACGCCCAUCAGUCUCUCAACACUGUGUGGGGUGUACCGUUGGACUUAUGAAUUUCCCGAUCCGCCCGAGCCACCCACGGAAGUUAACUACUCCAAAAUGCAGACACCCAGCCCCGGCUCCCUCACUAUUUCCUGUCCGUCGGGCCGAAAAGCGACGUUGAAAAACAUCUUUGGAAAAGUCGAGCACUUUGGCAGAGUGGGGACCUUCAGUGGGAUAAAACGGGCGCGGGCUCGAGAUGGCAGUGGGCUGGCAGACAACCACUGGGAGUUUGUUACCUUUCAUUGGAAGAAACAAGACCGCGACAGCCAAGCUGACGGCCACGGCCUGUUUGCUGCAGCGGUGGACGACGAUUCUAACGAGCCGUUUGUGAUGUUUCGGUUUGCCUCGGGGGACACGUGGCUGGAUGUGGCGGCCAAGAAGGAGCGGCGCAAGGGACAAACGACGGAGUUGACAACGCCAGAACGGACUAGACUGGGAAUCGGGUUGACUUACCCAGAAGUUCGGACUGCGGCAUUGGCGAGCGCGACGGAUGAUGGGGGUGACUCAAGCGACGAUCUGUCAGAAAUGAGCAGUCUGGAAGACGAGUCGGAAAGGAAGCGCAAGAAUGGGAGGGAGGAGCGUGGUCAACGGAAGAAACGACGGUCCGCAUGA